AUGUCAUCGCCAGUAAGUGUUACGCAAAAUUCCCAUGACCAUUUCAAUGACCACAUUGCCGACCACUUCCUUGACCGCAUCCCUGACCUUCACCACAUCCCCGAACACUUCCUUGACCGCUUCCCUGUCCGUUGCCCUGGCCCUGUCCGCUUCCCUGACCAGAACCGCUUCCCUGGCCGCUUCCCUGACCAGAGCCGCUUCCCUGACCAUAACCGCUUCCCUGACCGCUGCCCUGGCCCUGUCCACUUCCCUGGCCAUAACCGCUUCCUUAACCAGAACCGCUUCCCUGUCCGCUGCCCUGGCCAGAAGCGCUUCCCUGACCAUAGCCACUUCCCUGACCGCUGCCCUGGUCCUGGCCACUUCCCUGACCAUAACCGCUUCCCUGGCCGCUUCCCUGGCCAUAACCGCUUCCUUGACCAGAACCGCUUCCCUGGCCGCUUUCCUGACCAGAACCGCUUCCCAGACCACUGCCCUGGCCCUGUCCACUUCCCUGGCCGCUUCCCUUACCAUAACCGCUUCCCUGACUGCUGCCCUCUUCGCUUCCCUGGCCAAGAGAGGUCUGGAUUUGAGAAUGCCUCUAAGAGCUUUGUAGCGAAGGAACUGGAUGUGUCCAUGGUAGGCCAUUCCUUAAUGAUCACCGGAGUCAACAGCGGAAUAGGGAAGGCAACAGCCAUGGCUAAAAAAG